UAGCCUUUUCUGUAGACCCAUCGGAUGAGUAACGACAUUCUGCACUCUCGUCAGGUUCUGCUCAGGGACUACAAACUGCGCUCCUACACACUGAAUGCUGUGAGUUUCCACUUUCUGCAAGAACAAAAGGAGGACGUGCAGCACUCCAUCAUCACCGAUCUUCAGAAUGGCAACGAACAGACACGGCGACGUUUAGCCGUGUAUUGCCUGAAAGACGCCUACCUGCCGCUGCGGUUGCUGCAGAAGUUGAUGUGCGUGAUCAAUUACAUGGAGAUGGCCAGAGUGACCGGAGUGCCUCUAACCUAUCUGCUCUCCAGAGGUCAACAGAUCAAAGUUGUCUCCCAGCUACUGCGACAGGUAAGAGAUGCACUUGGCGGACACCUGGGCUGU